AGCAAUCAGCCAACUACCCGUGAGGAUGGUGUUGAUGUUCUCGUACUACGCUUCACGGAGUUCUUAAGUGUCUAUUCCUACUCGUACCUUUUCCAUGUCAAAUCCCAGAAAUCAUGUCUCUUGACAUUGAAGCACAGCGUCUUCAAAAUCUACAACAAAAGCAAAAAUUGCUGGAAGAAUUAGAUUUACACUCACACAGCAGCACUACUAAACCAGUCAAAUCAAGACCGGAGAUCAAACCAUCCUCGAAGAAGAAACGUCGUGACUUGAACCCGAUCGUGAGAAGUCGUACGUCCGCCAGACUCGCAGCGACAACCAAAAAGGUAUCUUCCUACAAGGAGGACAUCGACGAUGAGGACGAUGUAAAACGAUCCAUCAAAUCCAAGUCUAAUUCUAGACCCAAAACAUCACCAACCUCACUUCGUCGACAAUCAAGUCCGUCAAUACUCACCGAGUCACCAUCUCCUCCUGGAUCUACAUACGCAGACCUACCAACUCUCUUGAACAAAUACAAUUCCUGGACUCCCCUGCCUCCUCCACCGACUCAAUCACCAGACGGGACAUAUCACUUCCAAUCCCAUCCAACGUUCAAACCCAACAAAUCUCCACUCUCGAUCCUCCUAGAGGGUGCCUUUGGCGGUUCAUAUUUCGGUCCUUGGUAUUGUCGCACCUUGCACCUGACCUUGGAGGGGGACCACAUUCACACACUCCCACCUUCUUGGUUGGCCCAGUUAGACCCUCCGACCAAAUACCUGAUCUCUGGGUCAUAUGACGCCGGUCUGAACAAACACGGCGUAUCUUGUGGUCAGACACUCACCGAAUGGGAGUCGGCCGGUUGGAUCAAUUUCGACCAUGACCCUCGGGGUUGGUUCGAAUGGUACAUUCGUUUUUUCCUCGGUAGACGACUCGACGACGGCGAAGACGAACGUCAGAUAGGUCGUUGGUCACGUUGCGUCGGUCCCAAGGGACGUUGGAAACGUGUGUUGCUCAAAAAAUACGUCCAGGCAGGUGUACGUAGUGUAUUUGAUGAUGACGAUACCGAGGAAGAAAACAGAGUCAGUCCUGUGAUACAUCAAACUUGUCAUCAUUGGGCUUAUCAAGUUACACAAGAAGAUCUGGAUGAAGCAUGGAGAGAAUACGGUGGUGGUGGCCGUUGAUUUGAUCCACGAUUAGAUAGAUGAAUACAGAUCAUGAGGAGCUAGGUACGUGCAGAACGAUUGUCCUUUUCAUAAUUGCAGAACGUCGGCGAGGCAAGUUCCUUUUGAUACGAGUACUGCUGUAUAGUGAC